AUGGCUGAAAUUUCUUCUACUGACUUCCCUGACUUCCCAUCAAUUCUCAAUGUUCUUGUCAUUGACAGUGAACUCAAUGUUCUUGAUUUCAUCAAGAAAACAUGCAACCAGUAUUCUUAUCAAGUUAUGGCAUGUUCUGAAUCUAUAAGUGCUGUCAAUAUUUUGCGCGAAAGAAAAACGCAUAUUCAUUUAAUACUCAUUGAAGUUGAUAUGCCUGUCAUGGAUGGCUACGAAUUCAUGCUAUUUGUCAAUAAAGAAGGAAUUAACGUUCCUGUCAUAGUGAUGUCUCAUGAUGAUUCUAAGCCUUGUAUAAUGAAGACUGUUCAGCUUGGAGCUUGCGAUUAUUGGAAGAAACCCUUGAAUGAGGAUAUUAUGAUCAAGAAUAUGUGGACACAUGCUUUUAGGAAGUUUUUAGGGGAAGAUAGGACCCAAAAAAAUACUGAUGAGAAUGAUAAAACAAGAGAAGAUGCUUCAUCAAUUGUUGAUAGGAACAAAAGUAAUUUCAGAGAAGUUGAUGAAUCAGAAAAUAGUAAUCCACUUGCCACAGGGAAGGAUCGCAUAGUAUGGACACCAGAACUGCAUACUAAAUUUCUUGAUGCUGUUAAAAGACUUGGACCCGAAAAUGCCGUGCCAAAGAAAAUUCUGGAAGCUAUGAAUAUGCCUAACUUGAAAAGAGGACAUGUUGCUAGUCAUCUGCAGAAAUACAGAAAAUUUUUGAAAGAGGAGGAAGAAAAACAGCAACAACCGAAUGAACCGAAUGAGAUUUCAGGUAAUAAAAAACCAAGGGUGCAUGCAUCAGGAGAAAACAACUUGCAACCUUUGACACAUCCUGGUCUGACAUGUAACAUGGGACCAACAAGAGAGAAACCCUAUGAUUCAAAUGUACAAGUUGCUGAACAUUUUCAUGCAGAACCAACUUUGGUACAUGAUCUUUCUUAUCCUUUGGCAACGUUUCCUAAUAUUUCAAUCACAAACAAUUUUCCUCAGUCUUCUGGAUAUGGAUAUGGACUAAAUAAUAGGCAGCAGCCAAUGAUGCGUCCUCAAAUUCCUUCAAUCAACUUGCAGCCAUCCUCCAUUAUUAUUUCUGAUAAUUCAGCUUCUGCUCCCCAGAAUUACAACUUUCGCAUGAACAUGCCACCUCAAUCAAUACAUAGAGCUUCUAUGUAUUACCCACAGCCUCAAAAUGCAGGUUUCUCAAAUGGUGUUGUGAGAUCUUUUGCUGCCUCCACAGAUAUUGAUGAUCAAACAAUCAAGAAGCAGCUAAAUUCUAUGAACAAUGGCCAUCACAAGCCCUGA